GGAUUUUUUAAGGAAAACUUGAAAAAUCCUACAACAAUGAGAUCAAUUUUAUUAUUUAAUCAAUUUAAUUUUGAUAUAAUUUCAGAAUUCAAUUAAACUGUGCAUCGAAAAAAUUAUUCAAUACUUUAAAAAUAGAUAUAUUACCUCUCACAUUUAUAUAGAUCCAUCCACAUACCUAUAAACAUAACGUGUAUUAAUGGGCCCAGUUUAUGCAUAGUAUCAUAUCUCUGGACUCUGAAAGGUAGGGCUAAGAGUGGGUGGGAAGCCCCCACUUUACGAAUUGUCCUACUCAAAUCCAAUGGCUUUCGGGUUGGCCCAAUCCACGCAGAUCAAGAUCACCCUCGAAGGCUGAAACGACGUUGUUAUAUCAGUGAGACUCCGAAAAUCGGAUGGGGAAAUCAUAUUAACAAAUCUCGCUUCUUCGAUCUUCUGUUUAUCUGUUUCCAAGUCUUCGCCAUGCCUGCCUUGUCAUCUCUCAAAAGAUCUCGACCGUCUAUCCAUCAACUCUACCUCAUCCAAUGGCUCCAAGCUCGCCAGUACUCCAAUACAGGACCAUCCUCUAUGUCUUCGUUGUCUGUGAUCUACGCCUCCGCACGCAAGAGUAACGAUGAAAAUGACAAUCACGCUCAUGGAUCCUUCAAGAGAUGGUUUUCGGGGAUCGCAGUGGGCUCCACCAUAGGUUUGUUUUACUGGCUAUCAAAUUCUACCAGUGAUUCUCAGUCUCUAUUCUUCAAGAGAUCGCUAUUGAGUUUCGCCGACUGGCCAACAACGGCCACCGCGGCUGGAUCGACGGUGGGGAAUCCGUGUUCUACUUCUACAUUUGGCAAACUUUCGUUGCCGUACUAUAGCUCAAAGUUUAUCUUUGGAGAUGCGUAUAGGAGAAAGGUUUUCUUUAAAUACGAGAAGAGGAUAAGGCUGCGAAGUCCUCCUGAGAAGGUUUUUGAGUACUUUGCAUCUUUCCAAGCAGCAGAUGGAGAGUUACUAAUGAAACCAGCAGAUUUGAUGCGGGCCGUUGUUCCUGUUUUCCCUCCUUCUGAAUCCCACCUUGUUAGAGAAGGAUAUUUGAGUGGGGAAAGGAGGCCUGGCGAGCUAAGAUGUCCUCCAUCCGAUUUGUUUAAGCUAUUUGAUCUGGACACUGAUGGGCUUAUAUCAUUCAAGGAGUAUAUCUUUUUUGUAACAUUACUUAGUAUUCCAGAAUCAAGCUUUUCUGUGGCUUUCAAAAUGUUUGACAUUAACAGCAAUGGGGAGAUCAGUAAGGAAGAGUUUAAGAAAGUGAUGGCCUUGAUGCGAGCUCACAACAGACAAGGGGCUGUCCACAAGAAUGGACUUCGAACAGGGUUGAAAGUUAGUGGCACUGUGGAAAAUGGAGGUGUGGUGGAGUACUUCUUUGACAAAGAUGGAAAUGGACGCCUCCAUCAUGAUAAGUUUGUCCAGUUUUUGAAGGAUUUGCAUCAUGAGAUUUUGAGAUUGGAAUUUGCACACUAUGACUAUAAAUUACAAAAAACCAUAUCAGCUAAGGAUUUUGCAUUGUCCAUGGUUGCUUCUGCUGACUUGAGUCACUUGGAUAAGUUACUCGAUCGGGUUGAUGAAUUAAAUAAUGAGGCACGCCUCAAGGACAUUCGAAUAACAUUUGAGGAGUUUAAAAAUUUUGCAGAAUUGCGUAGAAAGUUGCGGCCAUUUUCUUUGGCCCUCUUUAGUUAUGGGAAAGUAAAUGGCCUGUUAACAAAGGAGGACUUUCAAAGAGCUGCAUCCUAUGUUUGUGGCAUCACCCUCACGGACAAUGUGAUUGAUAUCGUUUUCCAUGUGUUUGACUCAAAUCGCGACGGGCAUUUAAGCGCAGAUGAGUUUGUAAGAGUUUUACGAAAACGGGAAAGAGACAUUGCUCAACCUGUGGAAUCAGGAGUUAUGGGAUUUCUGUCUGGCUGCUUUAACUGUGGAAAUGACCUCCCCUUUAGAUGGCUGUUUGAUUAGUCCGCUUGGUUCUCGAGUACUUCACAUGUUCCAGAGACUCGAAUCUGUUGCAGAAUGGACUGCUAACUUCAGAGCGAGUUUGUACGCCAGAGGGAUGUCUAACAAGGAGAUUUUCACAAUUGUGGCAAAUUGUGCAAAGGGAAAGGAGCUACUGCUUAAUAUGUUAUCUGAGAUGGUGUCUUCCUUUUGAUUUCCGCGCAAACCUUACUGGCUAUGAUCUUGAGGUGAUGUCCUGUUGCUAAUCAAUUUGUAUAUAUAUGGACCCUUUUGGAAAAUCUUGUUGAUAUGUCAAGAAGAAGAAGGUACACAGUACACUUGAAGGAACGUGAUUCUUACGCAGAAGGUAGGGAACUUGUGAGCAUUUAAUUUUUAGAAGGAGAAAACAAAAAAGGCACCACCCUCUAUUUCACGUGGUCCUCGCGCUAAUAAUCACCUAUUUACCACCUGA